GACCCUCGGAAAUCGGCUACUCGGGUCUGUCUCCUCGCCGCCGCGCGCACUUUGUCCAAAGUGUGGGCCUAGGUUCCCGCGCGGCUGAGUGAUGCUCUCAGGGCUCCUUCCGCGUCGGGCUCUUUCGCUUUGGCCGUCCCGAGCGCGGGCCACCUUCAUUUUGCUCACUCUGUCUACUCCUUCCACUUCUGGGUUGUUUUCCCCUUGUCCUUGCGUCCGCAUGUCGUCGGGACGCUGUCGUGGACGCCUCGCGCAGGAGUGCUGUUCCAGCGAAGCCCCCGCUGGUGACUUUCCAACCCUGCCACCAUGAACGGGGUCGUAAUCCCCCAAACGCCUAUCGCUGUGGACUUUUGGAGCCUGCGCCGCGCCGGUGCCGCGCGGCUCUUCUUCUUAUCCCACAUGCACUCCGACCACACGGUGGGCCUGUCUAGCACUUGGGCACGGCCCCUCUACUGCUCCCCAAUCACUGCCCACCUCCUGCAUCGUCAUCUACAGGUGUCUAAGCAGUGGAUCCGAGCUCUGGAGAUUGGUGAGAGCCAUGUAUUGCCUCUAGACGAAAUUGGGCAAGAAACCAUGACUGUGACCCUUAUAGAUGCCAAUCACUGCCCCGGUUCUGUCAUGUUUCUCUUUGAAGGAUACUUUGGAACAAUUCUCUACACAGGUGAUUUUCGAUUUACACCAUCCAUGCUGAAGGAGCCUGCCCUGAUCCUGGGGAAACAGAUUCAUACUUUAUAUCUAGACAACACCAAUUGCAAUCCAGCCCUUGUUCUUCCUUCCCGACAAGAAGCUACUCGGCAGAUUGUCCAGCUCAUUCGACAGUUCCCACAGCAUCACAUAAAGAUUGGACUCUACAGCCUAGGAAAAGAAGCACUGCUAGAACAGCUAGCCCUUGAGUUUCGGACCUGGGUGGUAUUGAGUCCUCAGCGCCUGGAGUUGGUGCAGCUGCUGGGCCUCGCAGAUGUGUUCACAGUCGAGGAAAAAGCGGGGCGCAUCCAUGCUGUAGACCACAUGGAGAUCUGCCAUUCUGCCAUGCUUCAGUGGAACCGGACUCACCCUACCAUUGCUAUUCUCCCCACAAGCCGGAAGAUACGAAGCCCUCACCCAGACAUCCACACCAUCCCUUACUCUGAUCAUUCAUCUUACUCCGAGCUUCGGGCUUUCGUUGCCGCUCUGAGGCCUUGCCGGGUGGUGCCCAUUGUUCGCCAGCAGCCUUGUGGAGAGUUCUUUCAGGACAGCUUGAGUCCCCAGCUCUCUAUACCCCUGAUUCCACCCUCUGUGCAGCAAUACAUGUGUUCCUCCUCUAGGGAAACGAGCAUGCUUUGGCAGUUAGAAAGGAGACUAAAGAGGCCAAGAAUCCGGGGUGUUGUGUUUGAAUCCCCGGAGGAAAAAGCUGAGCAGGCUAAAGUUGACAGAGACUCGAAGAAGCACAAGAAAGAAAACCUCUCUCCCUGGCCUGGGGACCUUGAGAAGCUCUGCCCCCAUCCUCUGCAGGCCAGGAAGCAGUUGUUCCCAGACUUCUGCGGAAAAGAAUGUGAUGAGCCAAUCCUUUUUUGUGACUCCGAGAAGAUAGUGACUGUGUUGCCUGCCCCCUUGGAAUUUUCAAUGCAAUUACAGCCUGUAGAUGAGUUUCUCUCUCCAGAAACCAGGGAGGAAAUUGACUUGGGGUCUCCCGUGAUACCUAGGGGAGGCAAUGCCUCACGAGCUCGAGGGAACCAAAGUGACAGGAUAGGCUAUGAUUCUCCCCGGUCUCACGUUAACAAAGACACUCAUCUAGCUACUGAGUCCAGGGACCUGGCGCUAAAAUACCUUCUUACUCCAGUGAAUUUCUUCCAAGCAGGGUUCUCUUCCAGGAACUUUGACCAGCAAGUGGAAAAAUACCAGAGAGUACAGUGUAACAAUCCUGUUGGAUCAGCGCUCCAGUUUUGAAAACUGGAUGAUGGCUAGUGGCAGAAGCUCGUUUGGUGUCUUCUGUUACAGAGCCCUGCGGUUCCACCCUGGAGGACCUCUUCUGAAGCUUGUCUAUGGGGUUCUGGUGCCGAUGAAACCCGUAGCUUUAUAGCUCAUCAUUAUUAUUUAUAUCAGUUUUGUUAUAUUUAACAAAACUUGUCAUUAUAUACUAUUCAGUGUUCAUAAGCACAUUAAAAGUUCUUAGAAGUC